UUUGUUUUGUCGUUCAAAAGUGCCUUCCUGGUCUAAUUGAAAUAAAUGAUUUUGACUUUGACUUUGAAUUAAGAUUAAAUAGUAGACUUUUUAUUCGGAUCAUAGUUUUUUUGCAUAUUAUUACAGACUGGCACUUGUUAAGUAAACAUUGUGUAAAAAAGAUAAUUUUAGUAUCCUCUAUCAGUGUUAUAGAUUAUAGAGUAUGCCUGCAUGAUAUAUAGAGGAUAAUACUCUAAUUAGAGUAUGGUUGGCAACCCUGGUUUACACCCAAUCACCCAACAAACAGUGAUUUUAUUCACUAUGUACUUAGUAAGUUUUUUCUAUGUUUAUUUUAAAUGAAUAUGAGCCUCUAGCAUGGCUUGAAUUUAAACUAGUUGAGUACAUAAUAUUUAGAUUUUUUCUACAUUAAAUGUUUUUUAUCUCUCUAUUGAUAAAUAUCUAAAGCCAGUGCUUAUUGUUGAUGAUACAAUACACAUAAAAUAUAGUCAUAUUAAGUAAUUUAUUUAUAGCAUAACAGUUGGUAUACAAUGAAAUUAUUACACAACAAAAUUAAAUGUGUAUUUAAUACAAAAAAUAUUGCAUCAUGUAUUAAAAUUGUUGGGAAACUGCUACAAUAUGCACACUGUCAAGUUGAGAGCAACUUGAUAGUGUCAUUGUUAUCAUCAUCAACAGCCUAUAACUAGAUAUUAAGCAGUAAUGUAAUAUAAGUACCUGUUGCUUGUUCAAUUUAUUUGUAAAAUUUCAAGUCUAGGUCCCUACCUUUUUUCCAUCAUGUUAAUUCUCAAAAUAGAUGAGGCUGUACACCAUACAAAGUAUCCGAAAUUAUUCCGGACAACCCAAUGAUGCCUGAGCAUCUGCUAGGUGAGAUGAGAUGUGACGAGGACAAUGAACAGCAACAAAAACGUCAGCAGUUAAUAAACUUUGGCCACUCACAGUGGGGUUUUAAUAAUUGGAGUUGGUCAGUCAACAAACAAGAGCUUGAUUUUGUGGACUUCACAAAUGGGAGGUACUGUGCAGGAGUGGUAGCAUUUGUAUCUAUAACAGUUAAGAGUUUUGAUAUACACAGAGAAAAUAUUGGAUAUGCUACCACCACUGCUAACACUAAAGGAUUUGCUAUCUAUAAAUCAAGAAAGUGUGCAGUGACAAAUGCAUUGCGUGAGACCUUAUUAAGCUUCGGUGGCAGUGUGGCUUCAGACCUGACGGAGUUACUAGAGUCAACUAGAGCUGAUGCACCAGCAAAUGCACCAGAGCCCCUCAAUGAGAACAACCAAAAUGUGGCCAACAAACAAAUAGAACCUAAGAACAUGACACUUGACCGAGCAGCUCGCAAGGACUCGAGCGAUAGUGGCACAAAUCACCCCACAUUGCGCUCUCCGCACGCGUCGGCCGUCCCGCCGCCUGUACAGAACGGGCCGCUCGUACCUCCGCCCGCUGUGAAGAACGCUCCCUCGAGUGCACGAGUUCUCCCGACAAGUAUGCCCCCUGCUAACCGCGUGCCGCCAGUGGGCCCCGGUCGGCCUGCGCCAGGCCCCGCAGUGCCUCCACCAGGACCAGCUCCACAGCCUGCUCAUCCGCGCCCCAAUUCUAACGUAAGUUUUGUGCUGCAACCUGUUGUGGGUGCGUUGGGUGGCUACGGCGUGCAGCCGAUGUACGGAACUCCCCGAGUAGGUGGCCCGGCCGCUCCACAUGUGUUUCCUAACGCGUACUACGAGUAUCCCGGUGGAGGAGGCUGGCACUUCGCUUACGAGAGCUAUGAGCGCCCUCCCGGUAAUGUGAACCUUAACUUCAACCUGCCACCAAAAAACCUGGUAGUGAAUGGGCGAGGCGCGUGUCGUCCUCCUGAUGAUGUUACGUUCGCUCCGCCACCUCCUGCCCAGGGGUGUUGGAUCAAACCCACUAUCUUUUACGACGGUUUCUGGACAGAACAGAAAGUAAAAAAAUGGGUGGCAGAGCAGGUGGAGAAGCAGUUCCCCGAGGAUGCGAGCGCAGCAUCGUCAUCGUCGCCUGACAAGUCGUAGAAGCCGGUCGUCGUCUCUCAGUCACCGCCGCGGCGUAGCCGGCGCACUAGCCAUUAUUAAUUUAUCAGCGAGUUAUUCUUAUACACUUGUGGAAGUUUUUUGCCACACAGCUCAUACGAGUAUUGCAGUAGUUUUGAGAAUAGUAAAUGUAUUAUAGGAUGUUAGUAUAUUGGUAAGUUUGAAAUCUCAAAAAUGGUGAACUAUUUUUUAUGUAAUUUUUCCUCGUUGUAUGUAGUUGUAAGUGUUGUGGAUGGUCAGGCGCUGUUGUCGGCCACUUCGUUGUCAGAAGUCGGUGAUCUAGUGAUUCUAGUGUGUUGAAUGUUUGCUUCUAUUUACUAUUUAGUAUAUUUCCGAGAGUAGCAUCCAUGCUCGUGCACCAGCAGCAUUUUUAUACUUGUGUGAUGGUUGAUUAGGGGUAUGUUCCGAUAUACACUGCGACCAUUGUAGAGUAUGA